AUGGAGAGGAGGUCUUUCUUGAAUAAUAACAAUGGAACUAGAAAGAAUAGAAUGGGUUUGGAUGUUAUUGUUGUUGCAAAGGAUGGUACUGGAGAUUCUGAAACUUUACAAGGCGCAAUCAACAUGGUUCAGGUGGAUAAUACACGUCGAGUCAAGAUCUUUAUACGUCCUGGAAUUUAUAGAGAAAAGGUAUUAAUUCCAGAAAACAAGCCGUAUAUUUCAUUGAUUGGAAUUGAACCUAACACGACAGUGAUAACAUGGAAUGCAAAAGCUUCAGACAAGGAUGAGCAUGGUAAAGAAAUAAGGACUUUCAAAACAGCUACUGUCAGUGUCGAAUCUGAUUACUUCUGUGCCAAUGGGGUAACUUUUCAGAAUACUAUAGUUGCAAAGCCAAAAACGAAAAACAUGCAAGCAGUUGCACUGAAAAUAAGCGGGGAUAAGGCCGUAUUUUAUAAUGUGAUGUUUCUUGGAUACCAAGAUACACUUUAUGACCAUCAUGGAAGACACUACUUCUACAAGUGUUUCAUCCAAGGAGCCAUUGAUUUCGUAUUUGGGAAUGCAAGGUCGCUUUAUGAGGAUUGCACUAUCAACUCAGUAGCAAGAAGACACGGAUAUGGAUUCAUUGCAGCCUCUCAUAGGAACUCGCCUGAUGAAAAUACAGGGUUUUCUUUCUUGAACUCGAGAAUUCGUGGCAGGGGAAAAAACUUCUUGGGAAGACCAUGGGGCAAGUACUCGCGUGCAAUCUAUGUCAAAACCGAUAUGGACAACAUUAUAAGUCCUGAAGGAUGGAAUGACUGGAAGGAUCCGUCGAAAAGAAGGUGA